AUGCAGAAAGAUGUGGAAGCUUUAGAAGCACACAAGGACCAAUCGUCGUCGUCGAGCCCGACCGAGCCUGGCUUGCCCGGUUACGGUGACGGUGACGGUGAUCAUGGCGCAGUCGACGACGACACAUAUCACAUCCAAGCCGACCGGCUGGCUCGCCGACUGUCAGCCCGUCAAGUGCAGAUGAUUGCGAUCGGAGGCACCAUCGGCACCGGUCUGUUCUUGGGCACGGGCAAGUCCCUGGCCACGGGCGGGCCGGCGUCGACCUUGAUCGCAUAUGCCAUUGUCGGCGCCAUUGUCUUUGUCACCAUGCUCUCCUUGGGCGAAAUGGCCGCCUUUGUGCCCGUCGCCGGCUCCUUCUGCACCUUUGCCGGCCGCUUCGUCGACGAUGCCCUGGGCUUUGCCUUGACUUGGAACUAUUGGUUCAAUGAUGCCGUCUCGACUGCUUCCGACAUCAUUGCGCUGCAGCUCCUCCUGCAGUUUUGGACCGACAACUUUCCCGGCUGGGCCAUCAGCUUGAUUUUCCUCGUUGUCGUUAUUGCGUUGAAUCUUUGCCCGGUGGGGGUAUAUGGCGAGGUCGAAUAUUGGCUCAGUCUCCUCAAAGUGGUGACGAUAGUCAUCUUCAUCAUCAUCGGAAUCGUAGUCAACUGCGGCGGCAACCGAGACCACCACUACAUCGGCGGCCACAACUGGUACAUUGGCGACGCGCCGUUUGUCGGCGGGAUCGGCGGCUUCGCGUCGGUGUUUGUGACGGCAUCAUUCGCGUACGGCGGCACCGAAUCGAUCGCUAUUACUGCCGGCGAGACGAAAAACCCGUCGCGGACGCUGCCGCGCGUGGUGCGCAACGUGUUCUGGCGCAUCGUGCUGUUCUACAUCCUGUCCAUCCUCCUGAUCGGCCUGGACGUGCCGUACACGUACCCCAACCUGAGCGAGAAGAACACCAGCACCAGCCCGUUCACGAUCGUCUUCACGCAAGUCGGCGCCCACGCCGCCGGCAGCUUCAUCAACGCCGUGAUUCUGACCAGCGUCAUCUCGGCGGCCAACCACGCGCUGUUCGCCGGCUCCAGACUACUCUACACGCUCGCCGUCGACGGCUACGCGCCCAAAUUCUUCGGCCAUCUGAACCGCUUCCACGUGCCCUGGGUCGCCGUGCUGGCCACCUCGGCCAUCAGCGGCCUGUGUUUCGGCGCCAGCUACAUCGGUGCCGGCCAGCUGUGGUCGUGGCUGCAGAACCUGGUGGGUGUCUCCAACCAGCUCUCGUGGAUCUGCAUCGGCCUGGCCUCGCUGCGCUUCCGUGGCGCCGUCAGGGCCCAGAAUCUCGAGCACUUGCUGCCCUUUAGGAACUGGACUUAUCCCGUCGGCCCCGUCCUCGCCGUCGGCCUCAAUAUUGUCUUGGUGCUGGUCCAGGGUUGGUCGUGCUUCAGUCCGUCCUUCUCCGCCGUCGACUUUGUCUCCUACUACAUCGAGAUCCCUAUCAUGUUGGUCAUGUUCGUCUUCUGGAAGCUCGUCAAGCGCACUAAAUUCGUCCAUCUGCAUAACAUGGAUCUGCUUACCGACAGAUACAAUCUGCAGCACGACUACAUCAAGCCGGAGGCUGCACCAGUCGCCGAGUCUGGCGAGGAUGGUGGUCGCGGGAGUCGAAGUGGGAAAUUCCGCGGUCUAGUCUCGCAGGACGAGGACGACAAGACCUGGUUGGGAAGGGCAAAGAGGUUGGGAAUGUGGUUGUUCUUUUAA